AAAACAAUAGGCAACCCAACUAAAACACUAGGAUUGUAAUAGUAUAUUAUUCAUUGAGCUUGUAAUGGUACCUAUUAUCUAUAGUAGCUUCAGUUAAUUUUCCAGAUGGAUGUUAUGGGUAAUGAAAUAGUGAACAUAAUACACCGAAUGCCUACAAAAUCAAUUUCUGAGGAUUGUUUGAAAGAGUUACAUACAUUUAUGGUUCAGGUACACGUACGCCCAAUAGAAAUUUCCGCAUCUGGAUACUUCAUACUGGAUAAACGACAAAUAUUAAACAUUUUGACCCAAGUAUCAACAUAUCUUAUAGUGGUUUGCCAACUAGUACAGAACUACUACAUAUCUGUAUCUGAAAGUACCAACACAACCUUAAUACAGAGUUAGUUGUUGCAAUUCAAAACAUCAAUACAAGAUAAAAAUGGAAAACUCGACUAGAUAUAUGAAAAUAAUUAUGGACAAUCAAUAUUUAUUUUGUUAGUUAGGAAGAAAAAUAUAGUGUAGUUAUUAGAAUGUACUCGUUUAAUUUAAAGA